AUGUCUGUACCGGUCGCACCAGUCCAGCACCUGGAGAAAGUCGAGCUGAGCGGAUCCAAGAUCGAUAUUAUUCUGUCAGAACUAGGAGAAUGGCUUCUGAAUGCCAAAUUUGACCUAGGUGCAAAAAUAGACAAAUGUGCAGAUACAGAGCUAGGUCAGCGGUGUCAACCCCUCUUUGACGAGUUAGGAUUACUUUCUAAGUUUCGUACUCAGCAGACCCGAACUCAAUACAAUGUGAUACGAAUUCAUUCUCAAGAGCCUAUAAAAUUCUCUGCCUCUGCAUGA